UUUUUUUUGGUUAAACGAUCCCCUCUGGAAAAAACAAUCUAACCUAACUUGUAGAAAAACAGCAGAAGACAGUAAUCCACCAAAUGUCAUCUUAGGAGAAUAAAUUUUGCUCAAUAAAAUACCACCAGCAUCAUCUUCAAUCAGUUUACCACAUCCCAAAGAUGUCUUUAACGUUUCAACAAAUAAUAUGCGAUGCAAGGAAGCUCGUGGGAAGGAUCACAGACCACGAGAACACAGCUGACAACCUCAUAACUGAGAUCCAGUCUGUGUGCAAUCAAAUCGACAAUAUGAAGCAGUACCAGGACGAGAUUGACAUGCUGAACGCGGAAGCCAAGCAACGACCCCACCAGGAGUUAAUAACCAGUAUCCAACAGGAGACGAGACACUUGAGAGAGAUUCAGGCUGAGAACAAAGAGCUCAAAACUGCCCUCGAGGACUACCAGAAGACCUUGGAGCUAAUAAUGUCCAAGUACCGCCAGCAGACGUCAGCCCUCAUGAAAACCUCCAAGACAGAUUUUUCAUCCCUCUACAAUGCCAAAUAUGCAAAUAUAAUCACCAGUCAGGCGGAGAAGAUCAACGAGAUGGCAGCUGUCAUGCGAGUGGCAGCUUCGGUCGACGAGGAGAGUGAACUCAAGUUCAGAGAGACAUUCUCGAGGCUUAAGAAGGAGAACAUGGAGCUUCGGGAGAUCCUCAAUAUUACUAAUACACGAGAUUCACUGACUCUGGGUCCUCCACACGAUCACAAAACUGUCCAGACCGAACCGGAAUAAAGUGCCAAUGUCGCUUGCGAUUUUUCUUUACCUUUUUUAUAUAUUUUGAACCCCAAUGAAGGGUCGGUUGAGCAUUUUGUGGAAAAACCUAGCAGUCUCGCUGAUGAAUAAUAUUGGAAAUCGCAAUGUUUUUCGAUAAUUUUGGGCGAAAUUCUGUAGUUUUUUUUACCAAAGAUUACAUAACUUGCAAUUUCUGGCUUUUUCAUUUCUUACGUGUCGAUUAAAGAACUGGAAUAUUUGGAGUUCGACUAAAUUGUAUCAUUGACUAAUUGUAUAUGUGUAGAAGUAUUGAAAAACUGGAUUUUUUCAGUAGAAAUGGAAUCGAAUCGAAAGCACCGAGCGAAUUCACUAGGUUUUCCUUUGAAUGUUUCAUUGGUGUGUUCUUCAUCUUUUUCAUUAUGUAUCGUAUAUCCAUUCUUGGUCUCUUAAUUAACGUAAUUUUUAAUACUAUCUAGUGAAACUUGAGUGCAGUAAUCUCCAAGAAUUGUUUAUUCGUACAAAUGUUACAUGCAUAGUAAAAUAGUUUUGUAUUUUUUUGAAUUAGUCGUAGAAAUUAUUUCUAAGAAUAACUCGCACUUAGCAGUCAAAUGAACUCUGGCAGGACAUUCGACUGUCUUUUUCAUUGUUAAAAAAUUGUAAUUAUGGAAUUCGCACUUCGAGAAAAUGUGGGAAUCUCCAUUGUCCGAAGAGCAGUCAGUCGGUCAUUUUUCUUAGUGUUAAACAAUAUCGAUGGUGCCUUCAGGUGUCCUCGAUUGGUACGUUGGCAGUGUAUACGCUCUGAAACAAACGAAAUAAAACACAUUUUCUACUAUAAAAAAA